AUGGCGGAGGAAGGAGCCGUGGCCGUCUGCGUGCGAGUGCGGCCGCUCAACAGCAGAGAAGAAUCACUUGGAGAAACUGCCCAAGUUUACUGGAAAACUGACAGUAAUGUCAUUUAUCAAGUUGAUGGAAGUAAAUCUUUCAAUUUUGAUCGUGUCUUUCAUGUUAAUGAAACUACCAAAAAUGUGUAUGAAGAAAUAGCAGCACCAAUCAUCGAUUCUGCCAUACAAGGCUACAAUGGUACUAUAUUUGCCUAUGGACAGACCGCUUCAGGAAAAACAUAUACCAUGAUGGGUUCAGAAGAUCAUUUGGGAGUUAUACCCAGGGCAAUUCAUGACAUUUUCCAAAAAAUUAAGAAAUUUCCUGAUAGGGAAUUUCUCUUACGUGUAUCUUACAUGGAAAUAUACAAUGAAACCAUUACAGAUUUACUCUGUGGCGCUCAAAAAAUGAAACCUUUAAUUAUUCGAGAAGAUGUCAAUAGGAAUGUGUAUGUUGCUGAUCUCACAGAAGAAGUUGUAUAUACAUCAGAAAUGGCUUUGAAAUGGAUUACAAAGGGAGAAAAGAGCAGGCAUUAUGGAGAAACAAAAAUGAAUCAAAGAAGCAGUCGUUCUCAUACCAUCUUUAGGAUGAUUUUGGAAAGUAGAGAGAAGGGUGAACCUUCUAAUUGUGAAGGAUCUGUUAAGGUAUCCCAUUUGAAUUUAGUUGAUCUUGCAGGCAGUGAAAGAGCUGCUCAAACAGGAGCUGCAGGUGUGCGGCUCAAGGAAGGCUGUAAUAUAAAUCGAAGCUUAUUUAUUUUGGGACAAGUGAUCAAGAAACUUAGUGAUGGACAAGUUGGUGGUUUCAUAAAUUAUCGAGAUAGCAAGUUAACACGAAUUCUCCAGAAUUCCUUGGGAGGAAAUGCAAAGACACGUAUUAUCUGCACAAUUACUCCAGUAUCUUUUGAUGAAACCCUUACUACUCUCCAGUUUGCCAGUACUGCUAAAUAUAUGAAGAAUACUCCUUAUGUUAAUGAGGUAUCAACUGAUGAAGCUCUCCUGAAAAGGUAUAGAAAAGAAAUAAUGGAUCUUAAAAAACAAUUAGAAGAGGUUUCUUUAGAGACGCGAGCUCAGGCAAUGGAAAAAGACCAAUUGGCCCAACUUUUGGAAGAAAAAGAUUUGCUUCAGAAAGUACAGAAUGAGAAAAUUGAAAACUUAACACGGAUGCUGGUGACCUCUUCUUCCCUCACGUCGCAACAGGAAUUAAAGGCUAAAAGAAAACGAAGAGUUACUUGGUGCCUUGGCAAAAUUAACAAAAUGAAGAACUCAAACUAUGCAGAUCAAUUUAAUAUGCCAACAAAUAUAACAACAAAAACACAUAAGCCUUCUAUAAAUUUAUUAGGAGAAAUUGAUGAAUCUGUCUGUUCAGAGUCUGAUGUUUUCAGUAACACUCUUGAUACAUUAAGUGAGAUAGAAUGGAAUCCAGCAACCAAGCUACUAAAUCAGGAGAAUAUAGAAAGUGAGUUGAACUCACUUCGUGCUGACUAUGAUAAUCUGGUAUUAGACUAUGAACAACUGCGAACAGAAAAAGAAGAAAUGGAAUUGAAAUUAAAAGAAAAGAAUGAUUUGGAUGAAUUUGAGGCUCUAGAAAGAAGAACUAAAACAGAUCAAGAGAAUGAACUCAGUUCAAAAGUAGAGCUGCUUAGAGAAAAGGAAGACCAGAUUAAGAAGCUACAGGAAUACAUAGACUCGCAAAAGCUAGAAAAUAUAAAAAUGGACUUGUCAUACUCAUUGGAAAGCAUUGAAGACCCAAAACAAAUGAAACAGACUCUGUUUGAUGCUGAAACUGUAGCCCUUGAUGCCAAGAGAGAAUCAGCCUUUCUUAGAAGUGAAAAUCUGGAGCUGAAGGAGAAAAUGAAAGAACUUGCAAGUACAUACAAGCAAAUGGAAAAUGAUAUUCAGUUAUAUCAAAGCCAGUUGGAGGCAAAAAAGAAAAUGCAAGUUGAUCUGGAGAAAGAAUUACAAUCUGCUUUUAAUGAGAUAACAAAACUCACCUCCCUUAUAGAUGGCAAAGUUCCAAAAGAUUUGCUCUAUAAUUUGGAAUUGGAAGGAAAGAUUACUGAUCUUCAGAAAGAACUAAAUAAAGAAGUUGAAGAAAAUGAAGCUUUGCGCGAAGAAGUCAUUUUGCUUUCAGAAUUGAAAUCUUUACCUUCUGAAGUAGAAAGGCUGAGGAAAGAGAUACAUGACAAAUCUGAAGAGCUCCAUAUAAUAACAUCAGAAAAAGAUAAAUUGUUUUCUGAAGUAGUUUAUAAGGAGAGUAGAGUUCAAGGUUUACUUGAAGAAAUUGGGAAAACAAAAGAUGACCUAGCAACUACCCAGUCGAAUUAUAAAAGCACUGAUCAAGAAUUCCAAAAUUUCAAAACCCUUCAUAUGGACUUUGAGCAAAAGUAUAAGAUGGUCCUUGAGGAGAAUGAGAGAAUGAAUCAGGAAAUAGUUAAUCUCUCUAAAGAAGCCCAAAAAUUUGAUUCAAGUUUGCAUGCUUUGAAGACCGAGCUUUCUUACACGACCCAAGAACUUCAGGAGAAAACACGUGAGGUUCAAGAAAGACUAAAUGAGAUGGAACAGCUGAAGGAACAAUUAGAAAAUAGAGAUUCUACGCUGCAAACUGUAGAAAGGGAGAAAACACUGAUUACAGAGAAACUGCAGCAAACUUUAGAAGAAGUAAAAACUUUAACUCAAGAAAAAGAUGACCUAAAACAACUCCAAGAAAGCUUGCAAAUUGAGAGGGACCAACUCAAAAGUGAUAUUCAUGAUACUGUAAACAUGAACAUAGAUACUCAAGAACAAUUACGAAAUGCUCUUGAGUCUCUGAAACAACAUCAAGACACAAUUAAUACACUAAAAUUGAAAAUUUCUGAGGAAGUUUCCAGGAAUUUGCAUAUGGAGGAAAAUACAGGAGAAACUAAAGAUGAAUUUCAGCAAAAGAUGGUUGGCAUAGAUAAAAAACAGGAUUUGGAAGCUAAAAAUACCGAAACACUAACUGCAGAUGUUAAGGAUAAUGGGAUAAUUGAGCAACAAAGGAAGAUAUUUUCUUUAAUACAGGAGAAAAAUGAACUCCAACAAAUGUUAGAGAGUGUUAUAGCAGAAAAGGAACAAUUGAAGGCUGACCUAAAGGAAAAUAUUGAAAUGACCAUUGAAAACCAGGAAGAAUUAAGACUUCUUGGAGAUGAACUUAAAAAGCAACAAGAGAUAGUUGCACAAGAAAAAAACCAUACCAUAAAGAAAGAAGAAGAGCUUUCUAGGACCUGUGACAGACUCGCAGAAGUUGAAGAAAAACUAAAGGAAAAGAGCCAGCAACUCCAAGAAAAACAGCAACAACUUCUUAAUGUACAAGAAGAGAUGAGUGAGAUGCAGAAAAAGAUUAAUGAAAUGGAGAAUUUAAAGAAUGAAUUAAAGAACAAAGAAUUGACAUUGGAACAUAUGGAAACAGAGAGGCUUGAUUUGGCUCAGAAACUUAAUGAAAAUUAUGAGGAAAUGAAAUCUAUAACCAAAGAAAGAAAAGUUCUAAAGGAAUUACAGGAGUCAUUUGAAACAGAGAGAGACCAACUUAGAGGAUAUAUAAGAGAAAUUGAAGCUACAGGCCUACAAACAAAAGAAGAACUAAAAAUUGCUCAUAUUCACCUAAAAGAACACCAAGAAACUAUUGAUGAACUAAGAAGAAGCGUAUCUGAGAAGACAGCUCAAAUAAUAAAUACUCAGGACUUAGAAAAAUCCCAUACCAAAUUACAAGAAGAGAUCCCAGUGCUUCAUGAGGAACAAGAGUUACUUCCUAAUGUGAAAGAAGUCAGUGAGACUCAGGAAACAAUGAAUGAACUGCAGUUAUUAACAGAACAGUCCACAACCAAGGACCCAACAACACUGGCAAGAAUAGAAAUGGAAAGGCUCAGGUUGAAUGAAAAAUUUCAAGAAAGUCAGGAAGAGAUAAAAUCUCUAACCAAGGAAAGAGACAACCUUAAAACGAUAAAAGAAGCCCUUGAAGUUAAACAUGACCAGCUGAAAGAACACAUUAGAGAAACUUUGGCUAAAAUCCAGGAGUCUCAAAGCAAACAAGAACAGUCCUUAAAUAUGAAAGAAAAAGACAAUGAGACUACCAAAAUCGUGAGUGAGAUGGAGCAAUUCAAACCCAAAGAUUCAGCACUACUAAGGAUAGAAAUAGAAAUGCUCAGAUUGUCCAAAAGACUUCAAGAAAGUCAUGAUGAAAUGAAAUCUGUAGCUAAGGAGAAAGAUGACCUACAGAGGCUGCAAGAAGUUCUUCAAUCUGAAAGUGACCAGCUCAAAGAAAACAUAAAAGAAAUUGUAGCUAAACACCUGGAAACUGAAGAGGAGCUUAAAGUUGUUCAUUGUUGCCUGAAAGAACAAGAGGAAACUAUUGAUGAGUUAAGAGUGAAUCUUUCAGAGAAGGAAACUGAAAUAUCAACCAUUCAAAAACAAUUAGAAGCAAUCAAUGAUAAAUUACACAACAAGAUCCAAGAGAUUUAUGAGAAAGAGGAACAACUUAAUAUAAAACAAAUUAGUGAGAUUCAGGAAAAAGUGAAUGAACUGAAACAAUUCAAGGAGCAUCGCAAAGCCAAGGAUUCAACACUACAAAGUAUAGAAAGUAAGAUGCUCGAGUUGACUAACAGACUUCAAGAAAGUCAAGAAGAAAUACAAAUUAUGAUUAAGGAAAAAGAGGAAAUGAAAAGAGUACAGGAGGCCCUUCAGAUAGAGAGAGACCAACUGAAAGAAAACACUAAAGAAAUUGUAGCUAAAAUGAAAGAAUCUCAAGAAAAAGAAUAUCAGUUUCUUAAGAUGACAGCUGUCAAUGAGACUCAGGAAAAAAUGUGUGAAAUAGAACACUUGAAGAAGCAAUUUGAGGCCCAGAAGUUAAACCUGGAAAACAUAGAAACAGAGAAUAUAAGGUUGACUCAGAUACUACAUGAAAACCUUGAAGAAAUGAGAUCUGUAACAAAAGAAAGAGAUGACCUUAGGAGUGUGGAAGAGACUCUCAAAGUAGAAAGAGACCAGCUCAAGGAAAACCUGAGAGAAACUAUAACUAGAGACCUAGAAAAACAAGAGGAGCUAAAAAUUGUUCACAUGCAUCUGAAGGAGCACCAAGAAACUAUUGAUAAACUAAGAGAGAUUGUUUCAGAGAAAACAAAUGAAAUAUCAAAUAUGCAAAAGGACUUAGAACACUCAACUGAUGCCUUAAAAACACAGGAUAUGAAAAAACAAGAGGAGCUAAGAAUUGCUCACAUGCAUCUGAAAGAGCACCAGGAAACUAUUGACAAACUCAGAGGAAUUGUUUCUGAGAAGACAGAUAAAAUAUCAAAUAUGCAAAAAGAUUUAGAAAAUUCAAAUGCUAAAUUACAAGAAAAGAUUCAAGAAAUUAAGGCAAAUGAACAUCAACUUUUUAAGUUAAAAAAAGAUGUCAGUGAGACACAAAAAAAAGUGUCUGAAAUGGAGCAACUAAAGAAACAAAUAAAAGACCAAAGCUUAACUCUGAGUAAAAUAGAAAUGGAGAAUUUAAAUCUGGCUCAGAAACUUCAUGAAAACCUUGAAGAAAUGAAAUCUGUAAUGAAAGAAAGAGAUAAUCUAAGAAGAGUAGAGGAGACGCUCAAACUGGAGAGAGACCAACUCAAGGAAAGUCUACAAGAAACCAAAGCUAGAGAUCUGGAAAUACAACAGGAACUAAAAACUGCUCGUAUGCUAUCAAAAGAACACAAAGAAACUGUUGAUAAACUUAGAGAAAAAAUUUCAGAAAAGACAAUUCAAAUUUCAAACAUUCAAAAGGAUUUAGAUAAAUCAAAAGAUGAGUUACAGAAAAAGCAGGACCAACAGAACCACCAAGUAAAACCUGAAAAAAGGUUACUAAGUGAUGGACAACAGCACCUUACAGAAAGCCUUAGAGAAAAAUGCUCUAGAAUAAAAGAGCUUUUGAAGAGAUACUCAGAGAUGGAUGAUCAUUAUGAGUGCUUGAAUAGAUUGUCUCUUGACUUGGAGAAGGAAAUUGAAAUCCAAAAAGAGCUUUCAAUGAGAGUUAAAGCAAACCUCUCACUUCCCUAUUUACAAACCAAACACAUUGAAAAACUUUUUACUGCAAACCAGAGAUGUUCCAUGGAAUUCCACAGAAUCAUGAAGAAACUGAAGUAUGUGUUAAGCUAUGUUACAAAAAUAAAAGAAGAACAACAUGAAUCCAUCAAUAAAUUUGAAAUGGAUUUUAUUGAUGAAGUGGAAAAGCAAAAGGAAUUGCUAAUUAAAAUACAGCACCUUCAACAAGAUUGUGAUGUACCAUCCAGAGAAUUAAGGGAUCUCAAAUUGAACCAGAAUAUGGAUCUACAUAUUGAGGAAAUUCUCAAAGAUUUCUCAGAAAGUGAGUUCCCUAGCAUAAAGACUGAAUUUCAACAAGUACUAAGUAAUAGGAAAGAAAUGACGCAGUUCUUAGAAGAGUGGUUAAAUACUCGUUUUGAUAUAGAAAAGCUUAAAAAUGGCAUCCAGAAAGAAAAUGAUAGGAUUUGUCAAGUGAAUAACUUCUUUAAUAACAAAAUAAUUGCCAUAAUGAAUGAAUCAACAGAAUUUGAGGAAAGAAGUGCUACCAUAUCCAAAGAGUGGGAACAGGACCUGAAAUCACUGAAAGAGAAAAAUGAAAAACUAUUUAAAAACUACCAAACAUUGAAGACUUCCUUGGCAUCUACUGCCCAGGUUAAUCCUACCACGCAAGACAGUAAGAAUCCUCAUGUUACAUCAAGAGCUACACAGUUAACCACAGAGAAAAUUCGAGAGCUGGAAAAUUCACUGCAUGAAGCUAAAGAAAGUGCUAUGCAUAAGGAAAGCAAGAUUAUAAAGAUGCAGAAAGAACUUGAGGUGACUAAUGACAUAAUAGCGAAACUUCAAGCCAAAGUUAAUGAAUCAAAUAAAUGCCUUGAAAAAACAAAAGAGACAAUUCAAGUACUUCAGGACAAAGUUGCUUUAGGAGCUAAGCCAUAUAAAGAAGAAAUUGAAGAUCUCAAAACGAAACUUGUGAAAAUAGACCUAGAGAAAAUGAAAAAUGCCAAAGAAUUUGAAAAAGAAAUCAGUGCUACAAAAGCCACUGUAGAAUAUCAAAAGGAAGUUAUAAGGCUAUUGAGAGAAAAUCUCAGAAGAAGUCAACAGGCCCAAGAUACCUCAAUGAUAUCAGAACAUACUGAUCCUCAGCCUUCAAAUAAACCCUUAACUUGUGGAGGUGGCAGCGGCAUUGUACAAAACACAAAAGCUCUUAUUUUGAAAAGUGAACAUAUAAGGCUAGAAAAGGAAAUUUCUAAAUUAAAGCAGCAAAAUGAACAGCUAAUAAAGCAAAAGAAUGAAUUGUUAAGCAAUAAUCAGCAUCUUUCCAAUGAGGUCAAAACUUGGAAGGAAAGAACCCUUAAAAGAGAGGCUCACAAACAAGUAACUUGUGAGAAUUCUCCAAAGUCUCCUAAAGUGACCGGAACAGCUUCUAAAAAGAAACAAAUGACACCCUCUCAAUGCAAGGAACGGAAUUUACAAGAUCCUGUGCCAAAGGAAUCACCAAAAUCUUGGUUUUUUGAUAGCCGAUCAAAGUCUUUACCAUCACCUCAUCCAGUUCGCUAUUUUGAUAACUCAAGUUUAGGCCUUUGUCCAGAGGUACAAAAUGCAGGAGCAGAGAGUGUGGAUUCUCAGCCAGGUCCUUGGCAUGCCUCCUCAGGAAAAGAUGUGCCUGAGUGCAAAACUCAGUAGACUCCUCUUUGUCACUUCUCUGGAGAUCCAGCAUUCCUUGUUUGGAAAUGACUUUGUUGAUGUGUCUAUCCCUGGUAAUGAUGUCGUAGUGCAGCUUAAUUUCAAUUCAGUCUUUACUUUGCCACUAGAGUUGAAAGAUAAGGGAACAGGAAAUGAAUGCGUUGUGGUAAUUUAGAAUGGUGAUAGCAAUACCUUCUUCUUGCAUAUGGUAAUACUUUUAAAAGUUGAAUUGUUUUAUUUAUUUGUAUAUUUUGUAAAGAAUAAAGUUAUUGAAAGAAA